AGAACCUCUUUGGGGUCGACGCGACCGAAGAUUGGAAUAUGCCGGUUGUUUCUUGAUGUGGUAGGGGAAAAACGGAGGCCAAAGCGCGACGCCAAUACGCUGAGUUUUCUAUUAUACUUUGUGUAUCUCGGCACACUGCGAAAGAGCAGCCCCGAAGGCGCUUCCAAUCUCAUGCGAAACGACCACAAAAUGAUGUUGCAUAUCUUAAAUGAACUCUUACGCUGAGUCAGAGUUUACAAAGUUUAACAGAAUUUUUUUACCAGCCAAAAGCGCUGAAGACGAUAUUGGACUGAAAGUUUUGUACAAAAUUGAGUAUUCCCUGAGUCGGACGAAUCUGCACAGUCUUAAAUGAAAAAGGAAAAGAAAAGAAGAGAAUUAAUGCAAAUUAGAACAGUUUAAACGUCGACUAUAGAACGUGCGCUGAAUUGGACGAGGGAAAUUUGAAUUGCAUCGAAAUUGAUGUUUCGAGUAAUGAAGAGAACAAAAAUUGGCUAAACGGUUCCCUUCGGAGUUUGGGGAGUAGUUUUGCCGACCUUGUGGCAAAUUUCGUUCGAAUCGCGGGGUUUUUUGAAAGGCGUUUGCUUCGCAGGGAACUGGCGCCACUACGAGUACGUUUGAAACAUCCAAUAGGAAUAUUUAGUUAACAUUUACAAAAGUGGGGGGAUGCGCAUUUUCGUUGCGCACGAUGAGCACAGUUCCGGGGGCACCUCAACGUCCAUUUUGUCCCAUUCGUUGAUCCCGGUUAGUCGACGCCGGUGUGAAGAUAUAUUUCCCGUUUACUUGGAGUUCGAUGUUAUUCAGGAGCGACGCGUUAGAUAGGGGGCAAAAUAUUCCGAGUGGUGGUGACUGAUAUUUACGGCCGAGUCUGAAUCCGAUGAUAAUUUCCGUUCAUCGAUCAAGCCGCACCGAGUGUUGACGUUAUAAUUAUCGGGAACAUCGAGCUAGUGGGAGUUUGUUGAAAAGCACGUUUUGCAUCCGUGACUGUAAAUUUUUUUUUCCCACCUGCCUCCCUCCGUGCGAUAUUCGGCCAGUUUUAUUCAAAAUGGCGGAACUACAGGGCACGCCGGUUACUCAGGACGCACUGUCCGUUGCCCAGCUGGAACUUGGAGGAAAUCCUAACGCCUUGGCGUUGCGCAGGCCAUUUGAUCCGGUAGCACAUGAUCUGGAUGGUACUUUCCGCCUGACACGUUUUGCUGAUUUAAAAGGAUGAGGGUGUAAAGUCCCUCAAGAGGUUCUUGGUAAACUUCUUGAGGGGCUACAGGCGGACGAUAACAACGUCCAAGAUCAUGAGCAUGCCCACUUUAUGCAUAUGGCCAUACCGCGCAUCGGCAUCGGCAUGGAUUCCUCCGUGACUCCGUUGAGGCACGGCGGUUUGAGCCUAGUACAGACAACAGAUUUCUUUUAUCCUCUGGUAGAUGAUCCUUAUAUGAUGGGUAAAAUUGCAUGUGCUAAUGUAAUCAGCGAUUUAUACGCAAUGGGUGUAACGGAGUGUGACAAUAUGCUGAUGCUUUUGGGCGUGAGCACAAAGAUGACUGAAAAAGAAAGAGACGUUGUCGUACCUUUGAUAAUGAGGGGCUUCAAAGACUCUGCGCUGGAAGCGGGAACAACGGUUACCGGUGGUCAAACUGUUGUCAAUCCAUGGUGUACAAUCGGAGGCGUGGCCUCCACAGUUUGCCAACCCAACGAAUACAUCGUGCCGGACAACGCUGUCGUCGGAGAUGUUCUGGUGCUAACAAAGCCUUUGGGUACGCAGGUUGCAGUCAAUGCACACCAGUGGUUAGAUCAACCUGAUCGUUGGAACAGGAUCAAGCUGGUGGUCAGUGAAGAUGAUGUUAGGAAGGCGUAUCAACGUGCAAUGGACAGCAUGGCAAGACUCAAUCGGAUAGCGGCACGAUUGAUGCACAAAUACAAUGCUCACGGUGCAACGGACGUAACAGGUUUUGGAUUAUUGGGACAUGCUCAAAACUUAGCUAAGCAUCAGAAAAAUGAAGUUUCAUUCGUUAUUCACAAUCUUCCGGUGAUAGCAAAAAUGGCAGCGGUAGCCAAGGCCUGUGGUAAUAUGUUCCAGUUACUCCAAGGGCAUUCUGCAGAAACAAGCGGUGGACUACUGAUCUGUCUUCCGAGAGAACAGGCGGCGGCGUAUUGCAAGGAUAUUGAGAAGCAGGAGGGUUACCAAGCGUGGAUUAUUGGUAUCGUUGAGAAGGGUAAUCGCACAGCGAGAAUAAUCGACAAACCACGAGUGAUCGAAGUACCAGCAAAAGAAAAAGAUGGUGAACUCUGGUAAAGAACAGUUUCGAAACCGGAAUAACGAAACUGAUGAAAGUGUCGGAGGAUUACUUUUGUAUCCUGCAGUGUUUCUAUUGAGUGCGGCUAACAGAGUAAGGAAAAAAGAGGCCGCCGAAGCAAAAACUUGAUCAUCUAAGAAAUGAAUGUGCACCAACACACCAAGUUGCAAAUGUUCUCGGAUUUGAAGAGUAAAUAAAGGGAAGAAAAAUAAAUAACGCUACUGGUUAAAACUUUCCAGGUUUAAAAUUCAGCUAAGAUUACCGCUACUUCUUUUAAAAUGAACAUCUGUUAAAUGUGUCUCACAAUCUUUAUCCGUUAUUUUUUUUCAUUACUAUUUUUUUUUUUUUUUAAAUUAUAUUUAUCAAAGUGAUUAUGGUACAUCUAUUACUCGAAUGAAGAAAAAGUACGAAAGGCAAAGGAAGUUGAAUAAAAAAUACGUAGGGCAACUGUUCUAAAAAUAUACGUCUAUAGCUUUUUGUCUUUUUUUUCGUUUUAAACUAUUAUGAAGUACGGUGUAACUUUUUUAUAAGUGAAAAAGAAAAGAAUAAAAUUUAAAGAAAAGAAGAGUCAGUGGAAAACCGUAAUUGUGAUCAUAUGGAAUCUUGUGAAAAUUCAGCCAUCAAGAAGAAAUCGGGCCGAGUAAACUAUUUCUAUAUUAUAUCUAGAACAAAAUAAGGGAAGAAAAAUAAAAAGAAAAACUUUAAUUAAAGUGUACGGCGAGACAAGGUUUGGCGAUUUGUACCAGAUUUAGUCCAAAAUUGGGAUGAUGAAAUUUGUUAUUCGAGUAUUCUAAUGAUAACUGAAAAUUCAUACACGAUUUAUGAAGUUUUUAAUUCUUUAAACAGACCAAGAAAAAAUAUAAUGAAAACAAAAUUAGAUUUAUAGAAUCACUUAACGGUACUGCUACGAUACUAAAUAAAUUUAUGUUAUAAUUAUAGUUUAUGAUUACCUCUUGCGUUUUGUCAUCAAGAAAAAAGCGAAGAAAACGUAGAAAGGUACAUACAUAUAUAUCUCGAUGCUUUUAUUACUGUACACACUGAUUUUACAUGAUUCUUUCGCUGUAGCAUUAAAGUUUGAAAGAACACUAAAAAUGAAAGCAAGAAAUUUAACUCUCACCACUCACUGUUGUUACGGUUAUUAUAAAAACACGUCGAAGUAAAUUUUCUCAUCACUCACACAUCGCUAGAUUUUAGGACCGAGUCAAAUGUGUCGUAUAAAAUUUUAAUAAAAUGCUACUUUGUCAAUAA